AAAUUAUGAAUUGUAAAUUUAUGGCUAGGUACUGUAAUAAAUCUAAUUUGAGGAACUUACAAAGAUUAUGAAAAAACAAUAUACCUUUUAUUUAUUGGCCCACUUAUAGCCUACAACCAUUAUUUUCAAGCUUGAAGUCGUAUAUACUAUGUCGCUACUUAUAAUCGCUCUGCUAUGUUUUGGCUCAAGAGAAAAAUGCGAAAGAACUUUCAAAAACUGGUUAAUCUGUUGAAAAUUGUUUACUACAAAAAAAACACCCUCAUGAUCAGGUGCCUAUGCUGUAAGGUCAGCUGUUUCUGUAUUUAAAAGUUUCUGAAAAAGGACCCAGUAUUACAGAAUCAUCUAAACAAGUUUAUUUUAGCAAAAGUUUUUAAAACUUACUUUGAAACAAUACUUUUUAACACAAUGGUUUCAUCUUAUUUGAUAAUUUUUAAAGAUACUUUGAUCUGGGAUAUUGUUACAUAUCCUCUUGAGUAUGCCAGUUUUCUUGUUCAGAUUGGAUACAGACCGGAAAAUGAUAUUGUUAGUAGCAAUCUCUUUAGGAGAAGCUUCGGGGUUUCAAGUGUUACAAGCACUGUUGGGCAUAUCUACAAGACAGACGGUCUGAUAGGCUGUUACAAUGGAAUGAGACCGUACAUUUGCUCUCAAUUCAUAUCGAAAGCGAUUAUUCAGCUUUACUCUGACAAAUUUCCGCCACAUGGAAGGUGGAGGAAAAUCGAUACUAUUUCACCAUCCUCUGUCUACGAAGAUGAUUCCUCCACUAGACAAACUGCAGUUGAAUGGAGACCUGUCUGUUUACAAGGGGCCAUUGAUCUACUGUCACAAUUAACGGCAAUAACAAUUUCGCAUCCAUUGACAAUUGUCACUUAUCGUAUGAUGGCUCAGUUUGUUGGCCGAGAACAAAAAUACACAGGAGUCUGCAGUUCCCUAUGUACCAUUUAUGAAGAACAGGGCAUCUGUGGGUUUUUUGUUGGACUGGCUCCACAAUUGAUGAGACAGAUUAUAUCUUUUGUAUCCUUGUCUGCGGUAUUGUUCAUUCUAGAGAAAUAUACGAGAAGUAAACCUGCUCUCUGCGAUUUCUCAUCCAACCUUGCUGAUGUGGCAAUAAGAAAUUUGACAUACCCUCUGCAUAUUGUGUCUGUAUUUACAGCAGCUAACGAUUUUGACCUGAGAGCAGUUUCCCCACCACUGAUGCCAGAUUUCAAUGGCGAUUGGACAGAGUGCUGGAAUUACAUGAGCAAAACGGGCCAAUUGAAGAGGGCCUGGUUCCCAUUCCGACGUUACUCCCACACAAUGCCAGCCAAAUCAAUCAAGAUUUCCAUUGAUGAGUUGGAUUGAAAAAAUAUGAACCUACCGAAACCCGAAAAAUAUUUUAAGAACAGCAUGCAGGUGACUAGGCGACAUGGAAGCGAUGCAAUACAUGUCUCAUCAAACUAAUAUUAUAUUUCAAUGAUUUUAGAUAAGCCAAAGUUAAUGAUGUUUAGAUAAUGAUUUGAGUUUGAAGCCAAAGAAAAAUGUCUGAGAAGCCAUGGAUCGUGAGAAAGGAGUUAAGAUUGUAAUGAAACGUUUUUUGAAAAAUAUGAAGACCACUUGAAACAGGCAAACCGGUACCUACAGCACUUUUUUAUCAAACGAAUUUUAUUUAACUUGACAAGUACCUAUAUGAUUUUAGAAAAGCUAUUUUAUUUUUAAUACACUUUUUGAUAAAAUGUUUUUAUGUACAUAAAGUUAUGUUUUUUAUGAUUUUAGAAAAGCUAUUUUAUUUUUAAUACACUUUUUUAUAAAAUGUUUUUACGUACAUAAAGUGAUGUUUUAAAUC